AUGUAUGGAGUAUGCUUCCUCAUCAAGAAAAUCUACAAAAACUACAUAGAAAGCUUUGUCGGUCUCACAGAAAGAGUAGCUUUACUAAACUUAAAUUUCGAUGGAACUCGGCUAACAAUCAUACAAGUGUACGCACCCACAGAGCAAGCAAGCGAAGAAGAAAUCAACUCUUUCUACACCACAUUAAAUGAGGCAUUAGGGCUGGUACACAAGGACUUUAUACUUAUGGGAGACCUAAACGCAAAAAUCGGCAAACCCAAAAAAGAAGAAUACCUAAUCAUGAAACCUAAUGGUUUCGGUAAAAGAAAUGCAAGAGGCCAAAAAUUUAUUGAUUUCGCCAUAGAACACAAAAUUGCAAUUAUGAACACAUUCUUUAAGAAAAAAACCAAAAAUAAAUGGACAUGGAUCUCUCCAGACAAGAAAUAUAAAAAUGAAAUUGACUUCGUAGCGUCAUCCCGACAACAAAUUUUUCAAAACGUUGAAGUCCUAAAUAUAAACUACCCUUCUGACCACAGACCGAUAAGGGCUACGAUAGUACUAAAUCAUACGAAGAAAAGCAGAACCAAAUUCAAAAACAUUCGCAACACCUUGGAACUAAGUGAUGUAGAGAAAACACGAUACACAGAACUACUUUCUUCCGAAGACUCCAACUAUCUCUUGGACUACAAUUAUAACGCUUCAGUACAGGAAAACUAUAGAAACAUAAUUAAAGCAAUUACUGAGAACCUUGAAAAAGCUAGAAAUACAACAAAUAAAACUAAAACCAAAAACCACAAAGCACUUUCAGAUCGCACAAUAAGAUUAAUGAAGAGGAGACAAGAAUUGCAAAGAAGUAAUAAUAAAACCCGCUCAAUAAAAAAUGAAAUAUCCGCUUUAUACAAACUGAUAAGUAAAUAUAUUAAAAAAGACUAUGCCACUCAUCGCUCUAAUGUUCUUGAAAAACACCUGAAGGAAACCGGAAGUACAAAGAAAGCCUUUAAAGAACUUAAAACAAGUAAAACUUGGAUAGAAGGUCUUAAGCGUGAUGGAAAAACGGAGCAUAAUCGUAACGACAUCAUUAUGAUAGCAACAAACUUUUAUAAAAAUCUAUACAACGCUACCCCAAGUAUAAGAAUGGAAAAGAAUGAUGACUUGAACAAGCCACAAAAAGAACCUAAUGAUGUCGUUCCGAUCGAGAUAGGAGAAUUGAUACAAGCAGUUAAAAAACUAAAAACAGAUAAAAGCCCUGGAUCAGAUUCAAUCACUAACGAAAUUAUAAAAACUGCCUUGCCAGCCCUGGCUCUACCCUUAACCCAUAUGUUCAAUCAUACAAUAGAAUCCGGAGAGACACCUAUAGAAUGGUCAAAAUCUGACAUAGUCCUCAUCUAUAAAAAAGGAGACCCAUACGACAUCGCCAACUACAGACCUAUAAGUUUGUUACCUUGUAUUUAUAAACUUCUCUCCACAAUUAUAAAUCAAAAAAUAAGAUCAACAUUAGAGGCAAUGCAGCCAGUGGAACAAGCAGGCUUUAGAAGAGGCUACUCGACGAUAGACCAUAUCCACACACUGGAACUAGUGAUUGAAAAAUUCCAAGAGAAGCAACGACCUCUAUACAUUGCUUACAUAGAUUACCAAAAGGCCUUUGACACUAUAUCGCAUGGAAGCAUCUGGGAAACGUUAAAAGCGCAAAAUGUCAACAACAAAUACAUAAAAGUAGGAUUGGAAAUGAACCUCACUAAAACUAUGCUUAUGACAAACAGCAGGAUCAAAAGGAUAACGGUGGGUGAAGAGCCACUAAAUUAUGUUGACAAGUAUAUUUAUCUCGGGAAACAAAUUAGCUUUGAUCGCAAGAAUAACGAGCUGGAAGUCGACCGUAGAGUACAAAUUACCUGGAAUAAAUACUGGAGCUUAAAAGACAUAUUUAAAGGACACCUACCAGUCAGUAUCAAAACAAAGGUACUGAACUCCUGCCUCUUACCUUCGUUGACGUACGGAUGCCAAACCUGGAAGUUCACCAAAAAGUUAAGGGACAAAGUAACCACGUGCCAGCGAGGACUGGAGCGCAGUAUGAUGAAAAUUAAAAAGAUACAAAAGAUACGUCAUACAAAGAUACGAAACAUUACGAAAUCCAUUGAUGCUGUAUCUCACGCCCUUGCCUUAAAGUGGAAAUGGGCAGGCCAUGUAGCGCGUAUUCAAGACCAGCGAUGGACAAAAUUAGUAACUAAAUGGAAAGGACCAGAAGGAAAACGUAAAAAGGGGCGUCCCUAUUCAAGAUGGGAAGAUGAAAUAAUAAAAACAGCAGGUCCUCACUGGUUCCAAACAGCCCAAUCAAGAGACGAUUGGCUAACCUUGGAGGAGGCCUUCACCUGCAGAGGGGUUCUUGCAGAAGACGAAAACAUUGAAUAA